AUUCGCGUUUCUUCCUUAUCUAUUUUGGCCCGUGCGAUGUUUCGUCCUUUUGAUUCGAUUAAUCAACGAGCGGGGUAACCCGUUUACUGUUGACAAAAUUCAAAGCGGGGAGUCCAGUAACAAAAUAGGUAGUGUACCGUUCAACUCUGGACUAACAGUUGGAGCAUAAUAGACAAUUCAGAGACGACUACUGGAAAUUUCAACACAGCUGGAACUCUACCCCAACCUAAGGUCUCAGCAUGAACUCAAAGGGGGGCGGUACAGUCCUGUCCCGACGAAACUACCGCUUGGCAUCUGAUACAGAUGUGCCUAAAGUCACUGGUAUUGUAAAUGAGAAGUUGUUGAGUGACUACCUGCACCAUGUGUUCCCUGCCUGCUCUAAGCACGGGCCUGCCUCAGCUGCCUACAGAAAACCCUUAAGCUUCCAGGACCUUGGGGCCCACCUGGAGAGACUGCUGUCUGUGGACGAACCUCCGGAUGACAGCACAGGCCAAGUGGAAGGGCGAUUGGGCCCGUCUACUGUUGUCCUGGACCACACCAGUGGAUUUGAGGGACUUUUGUUUGUAGAUGAUGAUCUCUUGGGGGUCAUUGGCCAUAGCAAUUUCAGCUCGAUAAGGGCUACUACCUGUGUCUUCAAAGGGAAAUGGGAGUACGAGGUGCUUAUCUCCUCUCAAGGGUUGAUGCAGAUCGGUUGGUGUACUCUGAACUGCAGAUUUAACCAGGAGGAGGGAGUUGGCGACACUCCAGACUCAUACGCCUAUGAUGGCAACAGAGUCAGGAAAUGGAAUGUGACGACCACUAACUAUGGCAAGUCCUGGGCAGCAGGGGACAUUGUUAGCUGUUUGAUAGACCUUGAUGAAGGGACUAUUACUUUUUGUCUGAACGGACAGUCUCUUGGUACAGCUUUCAGUAAUAUCAAGACAGGUCCGGGUGUAGCUUACUUCCCGGCCAUCAGUCUCUCCUUCAAAGAGUCUGUGGCCUUCAACUUCGGCAGCCGCCCUCUCAGGUACCCUGUGGAAGGCUACCUUCCUCUUCAGGACCCACCAACCACUGACCUCACCAAAGCCAACAGGCUGCUGGGCUACAUGAAGACUGUGCUAUGCACUGGGAUAGACCCACAGGAGGAGAAGCUCACUGAGAAGGACAGUGCCUCUUGGCAACUUCAAGGAGAGCCAACCGUCCUGGUGACCCUUGCACAUAUCUUCAACCACUUUGCUCCUCUUAUGUGUAAAGUGUACCUGGUAGAAGAUGUACUGAUGAACUUCCUGCUGAGCAUUCUUGAGGGGGGUGGCUCUGUGGAUGAACACCCUCUAAUCCAGCAGCUGCUUGACCUCUUCUGGCUCCUUAUGGAGGACUUUGAGGCGAGCGAGUGCCUGAAGCAGUUAAUGAUGUCUUUGCUGAGGGCUUACCGCUUCUCCCCCAUCAUCCCCGACCUGGGCUUCCAGAUUCACUACCUGCGCUUGACGACUGCUAUUCUACGUCACGAGAAGUCUAGAAAAUACCUCCUCAGCAAUGUUUUAUUUGAUGUCCUGCGCUCCGUCGUCUUCUUCUACAUCAAGACGCCCCUGCGGGUGAAGGAAGCCGGCCUGGAGGAGCUGAUCCCCACCACGUGGUGGCCGACGCGUCUCGACAAGGAGGGCAAGGACGAGAAGGAGCAGAGGCAUGAGAGCGCUGAGGAGCGACUCCGGCGCCGGGCCUACGAGCGCGGCUGCCAGAGACUCAAGAAAAGGAUUGAGGUGGUUGAGGAGCUACAGGUUCAGAUCCUGAAGCUGAUGCUGAACAACAAAGACAAAGCGACGGGAGAAGCCUCACGAUACAUCUUCCUUAACAAGUUCCGGAAGUUUCUCCAGGAGAACGCAAGCAACCGAGGGAACCCCACGGUGUUAUGUCCGCCUGAAUAUAUGGUGUGUUUCUUGCACCGCCUGAUUACAGCUGUGAGGAGCUAUUGGGAUGAGGGGAAACCCAAGAUCCCAGGUUCCAUCAAUAGUGAAGAAGCCUACGUGCCCCCUCAGAUGUUCUAUAAUGGAAAGGUGGAUUACUUUGACCUGCAGAGAUUGGGAGGCCUGCUUUCUCAUAUAAAGAAAACGCUAAAAGAUGACCUGGCCACCAAAGCCAACAUCAUCAUCGACCCGGCAGAGAUCCAGGCUGCCUCCAUGGACGACCUGGAUGAGGACGAGGAGAGCGGAGCGGGCCAGAGGCCGUCUGGAGCAGCGGCAGUGGGUGGGGCUCUGGCCAGGCCGAGCUGGCUCAGCUCGCCCACGCUGGGCCGGGCCAAUCGCUUCCUCAGCACCGCCGCCGUCAGCCUGAUGACCCCAAGGCGACCCCUGGCCCCACCCGAGAAGGUCAAAGUGCGCGCUCUACCUGUAGAGCAGAGGACAGAGGAGGACAUCGAGGGAAGCCAUGGCAACGAUGGGCUGUUGCUGGGGCGACCACCUGAAGAGCCCGACCAGCCAAUCACAGAGAAGUCCCUGCUAGAGAUCCUGGAUGGGAUCGUGAUGAUGUACAACCUGAGCGUUCACCAGCAGCUGGGCAAGAUGGUGGUUGUGUCAGACGAUGUGCAUGAGUAUGCUGUGGCUCUGAAAGACACUGAAGAGAAGAUUGCCAGAUGUCCAAGAAGAAGGUCAGAUAUUCUGGAGGAGCUGGAGAAGAGCCAGAGAGUGUUCUCAGAGAAGCUGAACCACCUGAGUCGCAGGCUGGCCUGGAUCAACGCGACCAUCUACUCCAAGGAGAAGAUGUUGGACGUGUACUGGCUCCUGCGUGUGUGCAUCCGUACGAUCGAGCAUGCGGACGCCGCAGGGUCCCUGUUCGCCUUCACGCCCGAGUUCUAUCUCAACGUGGGCAUGAACAGCUACAGCGCCCUCAAGAACUACUUCAGCCCUGCCCACAGCAUGGAGGAACUUCCAGGCUAUGAGGACACACUCACACAGCUUGCUGCCAUCCUCGCCAAGCAAUUUGCAGACCCGCGCAUUGUGGGCACAGACAUCAAGGACUCGCUGAUGCAGGCACUGGCCAGCUACGUGUGCUACCCGCAAUCCCUGCGCGCGGUGGAGCGGAUCCCCGAGGAACAGCGUGUGGCCAUGAUGAGGAACCUGCUAGCUCCCUACGAGCAGAGACCAUGGGCUCAAACCAACUGGAUCCUGGUUCGCCUGUGGAGGGGCUGUGGCUUUGGCUACCGGUACACGCGGCUUCCCCACCUGCUGAAAACCAAACCGGAGGACGCCAACCUCCCCAGCCUGCAGAAGCCUUGUCCAUCCCUCCUGCUGCAGAAGCACAUGGCAGAGCUCCUGACUCAAGACAAAGACAUGGCCGCCAGCUUCCUCAACAGUGUCCUCAACCAGCUCAACUGGGCCUUCUCUGAGUUUAUUGGCAUGAUCCAGGAGAUCCAGCAGGCAGCAGAGCGGCCAGAGAGGAACUUUGUGGACACGAGGCAGCUGAAGGUGUGUGCCACGUGCUUCGACUUGUCUGUCAGCCUGCUGCGCGUGCUGGAGAUGACUGUCACCCUGGUACCCGAGAUCUUCCUGGAUUGGACCCGCCCCUCGGCUGAGCUGCUGCUGCGCCGAUUGGCUCAGCUGCUGAACCAGGUGCUGAAUCGAGUGACUGCAGAGAGAAACCUAUUUGACCGGGUGGUCAACCUCCGUCUCCCAGGGCUGGAGAGCGUGGACCACUACCCCAUACUGGUAGCAGUUACAGGAAUUCUGGUGCGCGUUCUGGUGGACUCGGACAGACAAGGGAUCGCUCGAGCAGCUGCGGUGCUGCUGUCCGACCCCUGCUUCCAGCUACACUCCAUCCAGCACCUGCUCGGGGAGGGCGUGGCCAGCGGGGGCGGAGCCAACCACAAACACUUCUCCCUCCAUGCCUACGCAGACUACAUCAGUGCAGAGGAGGAGCAGAAGGUGGAGCAGAUGCUAGCCUUCCUGACGGAGGAGUCCAAGCAGGCAGCAGCUACGACAGCACCUACCAGUGAGGAUGACCUUUGCCCCAUCUGCUAUGCACACUCCAUAUCAGCCGUCUUCAAGCCCUGCUCCCACAAGUCCUGCAAAGCAUGCAUCAAUCAACAUCUGAUGAAUAACAAGGACUGUUUCUUCUGCAAGGCCACCAUCACUGGAGUGGAAGAUUACAGCAAGCCUACUGGCUCUUAACAUGCUCUUCAGGCACUCAAAUACACACAUCUGCACACACGCCUGCCUGCACGCACACGCCUUGGGGAAAUGAAGCUCGACACAUCACGCCCAUCUCCAAAGACUGUACUCCUCUGUCUAUACUUGCGUGCUGGCCCCGACAUGUCCUCGAGCUCACGACCCUACGAGCCUACCACUGGUCACUUGAAGCAUAUUUCAACGCUCUCGGCUGCUGUGUUCCCCUCCAAGGCUCCGGCACGCCAUAGCCAAGCCUGGCUGGCUGGCUGGUGGAGAAAAGGGGAGGAGGAUGAUGGGAUGAUCUGCCCCCCUCCCCCCUUUUUAAGAUCUCUUCUCUCACUGGUACUUUUGGCCACCACACUUCAACUGUAGCCAUAGGCCAAUCAUUCACCUUGAUCUUGGGUGUCCCAAACAUGCCAGUAGGGCUUGAAAAUGUCACUUUAGCACUCACGCUCUGUAUUGAUACGUUUUUAUAUACAAAACCAACAGCCAUAUUUGACGUGGCAAUAUCUAGCAGUGCUGGUGAAGGUGUCUAGGACUAGGUUUGUGAAUGCAAAUGACAAAAGAACCUCGAGCUCCGAAGUGCAGCUACAUCGAGCUGUCAUGCAUGACACUUAUUCAAUGUUAACAGUUCAUUGCAGCUUUACUAAUGCGUUAUAAAUCGUCCUGCAGUGUGAAUGUCUUGAUUGGAUUGAAUCAGAUAUGCAUUUGGUUUGAGCAGAGCAAUUUCAGGUUCUGAUGAAUAAUAUAACUCCAUAAUAUUUUUACAAACACAAUGCAAAGCGGAGCCUUGAGCAAUACAGUAUUCAUGUUUUCUUUUCCUGCUUUUUCUCAUUUGGGGUAUGAUUUUGGCUUGUCCAGAUGUCACCUUAUGCUGUUUUGCCUUUUUUAUAGCUGUCUGUCAUAUGUCUGAAUGUCAGACUGUGCCCAGUGUUUUUUUUUUUCAAGCCCGCGGCAUAGGUGUGGUGCUUUUCUGCCAAGAAUUACGUCCGCUGUGUGUCUUCUGAUGUUAUGCUGAAAACAGCUGUUUGACCCAUUGUAAAUCGCCCUUCCUUUACUAGCUUUUAUUGCUGAACCUUUGAACAAAUCCUGGGCUCUUGGGUGUGCCUAUGCUGGAGUGUAGAUUUAAACUUCACUCAGAUCUCACUUCAUCUAUCCGUUUUCAGUAUCUCUGAGCUUCAUGCAAAAAUACACAAACAUAUGCAUCUACGUGAUAGCGGAUUUGGAACUGGCUAGCACUGCAGCUGCAGUUCACUUUCUCUGUGAUCAAGCACUCUAAACAUAUCCAUUGCCUUGCCACCGGUCCCUUUAAAGGUGAAUCGGGCACUGCACUGAAGCAGAAACAAAGCUUUUCUGAAUAAAUGUAUAGUCAUCCAGCAUAUAGAUGUAUAGACAUCCAGUUCAGAUACACAGGUCUGGUGUGAUACACCCUACUUCACAUUCUACUGCAUAGUGAAUGUAAGGGAAUGUGUGAUGCCCCUGUAUUGGAGUGGUUUUUUUUUGGGGGGGGGGGGGGGCUUUUUUUGAACUGUUCAGUCUCCAAGCACUGAUUAAAUACAUUUUUUAUUAACCCUCUGAAGUCUCAGUUAUUGCUGACAAUAUGAGCAACGUAAUACUCCAGUAAUUAUUUCUCAUUAGGUCACAGAAACAUACCGAAACAUUUGAAAGUUUCAGUAAGGGAGAACUUUUUCAUUGUUAUCCGAGUUUUAUGGAAUCAUUAUUGUUCCAUGUAGUCUUGUUUACUGGAAAACGAACCUCAACUGAACGUUUGAAUGCUUUUGCUCCUUUUUUCUGUGAGCUACAAACAAUAAACAUGUUAUAUAUGAUAAUGGGUCAUAACUAAGUCUUCAGAGGGUUAAUUACUAUUGCCAUGUCAUGUGACUUAUGCGUUUAGGGUUCUACACAAGGACUGUUCAUGUCUUAUGGCUUUGGAAGACAGUGCACUUGACCAUCCACUGCUUCCCAAACUCAUCUGACAUUAAUUCUAAAAUUAAUUCACAUGUUUAUAAACUUUUUGACCUAGGUGCAUGUUGACAACUGCUUUUCACAUUUGGACUGUGCAAGUAUCUCUGGAAGUAGAACCAUCCUCUUAAGAUUGGGGGAUUGCAAGGUUUGAACUUGGGAACCCUAUAUUUAGCUCUUGGUAAAAUUGUGUGAUAGAGCGUGGGCAUGGGCGUGGUCAUGCAGUCUGCGGGUGCUACAACAUUUAAUUUAUGAGUAAAAGGUUUCCCACUUUUAGGCACCAGCUACAGUCAGCCAAGGGAGUUUCAGUUUGUAUAAGCAAUACUUUAUGGACUUUUGGUGUUAUUUUGCUGUUUGACAAUGGGCUUUGUUUUAAUUUCUCCUUUAUGAGAGUGCACAUAUAUAUCGACGGUGUAACGGCAUUAAAUUAUUUAUCCAAA